AUGUCUGUCACUGCAUGCCAGCCCCGGAUCACGGCCUGCGAGAAGGACAGUGAUUGCUGCAGUGGCCUUCGCCGUGAUUUGACAGCAGUAAGCAUACCGGGAUGCCAGGUGCGACCUUCGGUCUCCCGUGGUGUUCUCGCCCCUUCUAUCACUGCAUGCCACCACGGAGGCAAGCAAUGCAAGAAAGACGAUCAAUGCUGCUCUGGCUUGAGCUGUCGUCCGGACGGUGACGCGAAAGGUAACAAAAGUCUGCAAGUAGACUGCUUACCGACGGGCUGGCAGCCUGUCCAUGAGUACCGAUCCGGACAGUGAGUCAUGUUUCUGCUUUUGCAUUGGUGCUGUGGCUGAUGAUUCAACAAGUAGUCCAUUGCUGACUCGGUCAAUGUGGUUGUUCCUGGAGUCUGGAUAAGUUUCCCCGCCUCGAGCAAUAGAGGCGCCUAUGAAUUAAUUUGAAUACUCGAUGAAGACUAACUUGAUGCAUCCAACUUUGGAGUCCUGUCCUAACAGCGUCCUGGUUAGAUCCAUCAGUUACACGAUGGAAUUACCGUAGUGCGUGUUUUCAUCGAAGUGGCACUGAUAACCACCAUAUUCAAAAGCCCUUGUUCCUGUGAUCGGGCAGUGGAUAGAAACGGAAUUUAUGAUGCGGGAGUAUGCAAGAGCGACGUUGCACACAGCACUCACAUACCGUGACGUACUUUUUUGUCGUGUCAUUAAUCGUAGCUUUACUGCAUAGAAAUUGUCAUAACGGUG